AUGUCCGGGGUUAUUUCUGGUGCUUGUAUUGUCUCCAAGCUAUCAGGCAUGGUGUAUAUCCGAGAGGAUGAUACUCCCCUGGUCAUUGAAUGGAAUGCGAUAGAUCAACUGAAAAAGGUCACAAUCCCCUUGAGUAAGCUAACUAACCUUCAGGCAUCUAAGGAAUCUACCCCCAAGCUAAUGUUAAAAUUGUUUUACAAAGCAGUGGAUGGUGCUACCAAUGAGGAAAAGGAUAAGGAUAUCAAAUUGACAUUUUCCAAUCGUCCUACUAUGAAUAAUAUAAAAGAUGCAUUGCAGGCAAUUUUGGCUAGACUGAGGACAACCAUUAAAGAUGUACCAACUGCUUCAGUUGGUAACACACCGGUUCCACUUAGCGCAACAGAAGCUUCAGCUACACCUGCUGAUAGCACCAAGGUGGGACCUGUCGAUACUUUUGGCAGUGAUUCGGUAUCAGCGGGCACUCCAGCAGCUAAGCAGUCACCUUCGCCCUUCGUUGUUAGCUCCGACCUUGAUUUUUCCAACCCGAGAUCACUUUCUGACGAAAAUUUACUCAAGAACCAUGCCCUUCAGCAGAAGCUACUCUUUGAAGAUAAAAAUCUAAGAGAUAAGUUUACUCAAGCUGUUAUUAAUUUCAAACUAUCUCCUAGCAUAUUUUGGCAAACUAGACUAAAUCAACUCAGAACUUAUGCAUUAACCACUUCACAACAUAGAGGUGCCUACAACGUCCUUUCAACAAUUAAGCCGGUGGCGACAUCAGAUAAUCAAGUGAAUGUGAAUGUAACUAGAGACAUGAUUAAUGAGAUCUUUGAGACGUACCCUAUUAUCAAAAAGCUGUUUGAUGACUUAGUGCCGCUGAAGUUUCCGGAGGGAGAAUUUUGGUCAAGAUUUUUCAACUCAAAACUUUUUAGAAGACUAAGAGGAGAUAGAAUUAACAACACUAACCAAAGAAGUGAUGUGAUCUUGGAUAAAUAUUUAUAUGUUGACCAGAAUUUUAUAGAGGAAGAGCAGAGAAAGAGGAAAAGAGAAGACGAAGAAAAGAAAGAGCAAAAGGACGUUGUCGAAAUAGAUGGGGAUGACCAAGAAGCCAAAAAACUGAAACCUGAUGACGCUCUAACGCAUGUUAAUAAAUUCAUUGAUUUGGUUGGUAACGAAGAUGACAAUUCACAAAAACUUGGGAACAAACCAGACAUCACCAUGAGAUAUGGGGAUUCCAACAUUUCAAACUUACUAAAUUCUAAAAACAAGAGAGAGAUUGGGCAUUCCAGUGUAGGAGCCGGAGUGGAGAAUGAAAUGUUGGUCAUAAUGAGAAACAUGAACAAAUUGAGUGAGAAAAUUGUUGCAACUACUGAGAGAGCUAAAAACGAAAGAGAGCAGGAACAAGUGGAUAAUGGUGAUCAGCAACAAGAACAUCACGAAGAUCGUUCUAAGAACGAAUAUGCAUCUGAACUAGGUCUCAAUGAUCUCCAUGAACCUAGAGAAGUUCAAUUCAUUGAACUUAACAUAAAUACGAACGCCAAAGGGGGAAGCUAUAGUAACAUAGUUGAUGGUGAAGGAAGUAAUACCUCCGAUAAGAUUCCAAUUUCAAUAUUGAAACCUUUUCUACGGGCUAAUAAGUUCAAUUCAUCGCCUAUUGACCUUACAGAUACUUUCACUACAAAAAAGGCAGAGAUAGAUAAAACAUCUGUCGAGAUAAAUUCAUUAAUUAAACAAAAUUUUAGAUCAUUCCGGAUGUCUAAUAAUAAUUCGACUAACAUCAAUAAACCAACUAAUUCUAUCAUACCUCCAAAUAUGAUCCAAGAGAUUAUAACUAUUCAUAUAACCAGUAUGGAGUUACUUUCACAUUUUUGGAGAGGAUUCAAUAGCGGAGACCAGAGCCAAGCAGCACAAACUAGGAAAAUUGUCAUCUCGUUGAAGAAAUGCUUAGCACAACUUGAUCAGAUUGAAAGCCAGUGUGUUGAGUUAAUUAAUCAAUACUCAACUGAGGAAAAAACGAGAGAAAAGUUGACCAGAGAGGUCAAGGAAUGCUUGGAGUAUGACCGCAAUGGACUCAACAGGGCCUGUCGGGAAUAUGGACAGGCGUUGGCGGCUAGUGAGAGGGAGCUGACAGCGACACCAACAGCAACAGACAUACAUAUCUAG